AUGAACACGCUAUCAGAAUACAAAAGAAUAAAGCAAGCUGUUUUCGAUAAAAACAAAUUUAAUUUAAAAAAAAAAUAUAUACAAAAUGAAAAGGUUCGAAAUAAUAUAGUAGAAAAUGUUUAUAACCAUUGUUUAUAUGAGGUUUCAAAAAAUAAUUAUAAAGAAAAACAGGAUAGGGGACAUAACAAUAUUGUGAGAGGUUUGAGGAAUGAAUUCUUCGAUCCUGUUUUUAGAGGCCAUACUAAUUUUAGUAAAGAAAAUACAAGCAGUAUAGAAAGUUUGAAAAAUUUAAGAUGUACUAAUGAAUCCAAUAAUAGUGACACUACUAAUGAUGAUAGGAGUGAAAGGAAUGUCAAACGGGGUUGUGAAUUAGUUGAUGAGGAGUAUUUGGAUUUUUCUGCACAACAUCGGAAUAAUGAGAAAAAUGCUACUGGAAUUGUGAAAUAUGAAUACUGCUAUAUAUGCGAAAUAGGGAAGCCAUGUUUUUGUAUGGAUGAAAAUUAUGACAAUGAUAAAGAAAUUGGUGAUUGGCAUAAUACAAAUAUAAAGUCAAAUGUUCAUUCGAAUUUAAAAGACAUAUCAUAUAUAAUGGAAAAAAUUCAGUCUACCAAAAAAAAGCAAGAAGAAACACCAAUUAAUAAGAAAAAUAAUUUAACAAGUAAUUCUCCUGGAAAGAAGAAAAGUGAAAAAAAAAAUUCUAAGAAAGUUUUGAGCAUUUACGAAAGAUUCUAUCGUGACAAGAUAAAAAUCGUCAAAGACAAAUUAUCUAACUUAAGAAAUGGGACAGAAGUAUUAGAUGAAGAACUUAAUAUGGAUUAUAAAUCUAUAAAUGAUUAUGAGAAGGAUGAGAAUUUUAUGAUAGAUAGAAUGGAAGCUCUAAAAAAUAUGGAAAGAAAGCAUUUAGAGCUGUUGUCAGUGUUGCUAUAUGAGCACAAAGAAUUGGCAGACCAUAUUUUAUGA